CCCGUCCCAGGGUCCUUUAAGCGCCUUAUCCCUUCCUCCCAAGGAGGACAGUCCAGUCUGGCUCUCUGGCCCUGGCGGGAGAACGCAGGGAACCGCAGACGGUGCCCCUCGAGCCGGUCCCCGCGGACCUGCCAUCGGGCCCCGCGCUCCCAGCCCCCGCCCGGCCCGCGUGGCCCGGCUUCUGCCCCGGCGGCCCCCGGCGCGGCGGGGGUCCGCCUCCCCGCGCAGGCCGGCCUAGGUGUCCCGGCGGCUCCCGGGCGCCCCCUGGCCCGGCUCCGGCGCCCGAGGUUUCCGGUGAGCUGCAGUCGCCGGUUAUGACGACUCCCUCCUCCGGAGCAGCCGCCGCCGCCGCCGCCGCCGCCUCCUCCGCAGCCCCGGCUCUCCCGGCUCCAGAUUUUAGAUAUCUGAAACAUCACAACAGCUUCUUGGUGGUUCUGAGGAUUAAAGAGGUUUGGAGGUUGCUAUGUUCAUGCUGCUUGUCUUUGGAGCAUUGCUUCAUGAAGUUCCCCUGAGUGGCCAAGACGAGGUUCCUCCCCAGGCUGAUGGCAUUCUGGGCGCCCCUCUGUUCAACUAUGCCAGCCUCCGCCUGCCAGAAGAGCAUAUUCCCUUCUUUUUGCACAAUAAUAGGCAUAUUGCCACGGUCUGUAAGAAAGACUCGCAUUGUCCUUAUAAGAAACACUUAGAAAAUUUAAAGUACUGCUGGGGUUAUGAGAAAUCCUGCAGACCAGAGUUCAGGUUUAGUUACCCUGUUUGCACCUACGUGGAUAUGGGAUGGACGGACACUCUUGAAUCAGCCCAGGAAAUAUUCUGGAAGCAAGCCGACUUUGGGUAUUCUGGAGAGCGGCUGGAGGAACUCCAUGUGCUCUGCCAGCCGAAGGGAAUGAAUGACUCAAGUCUGGUGUGUUCCCGUUACCUUCAGUACUGCAGAGCGACCAAUCUCUACCUUGAUUUAAGAAACAUCAAGAGAAACCACGACAGAUUUAAGGAAGAUUUUUUCCAGAGCGGGGAAAUUGGAGGGCACUGUAAACUUGACAUUCGUAUGUUGAUGUCUCAAGGCCAGCGCAAAAGCCCUCUGCAGUCUUGGUUUGCUGAGCUACAAAGCUAUACUCAGCUCAACUUCAGACCAGUAGAAGAUGCUAAGUGUGACAUUGUUAUUGAGAAACCAACCUACUUCAUGAAAUUAGAUGCAGGUGUUAACAUGUAUCACCACUUCUGUGAUUUCAUCAAUCUUUAUAUUACUCAGCACAUUAAUAAUUCCUUCAGCACAGAUGUGCACGUUGUGAUGUGGGACACAAGCUCCUAUGGAUAUGGUGACCUGUUCUCCGAUACAUGGAAAGCAUUUACUGAUUAUGAUGUUAUACAUUUGAAAACUUAUGAUUCCAAAAGGGUAUGUUUUAAAGAAGCUAUUUUUUCCUUACUCCCCCGGAUGAGAUACGGACUAUUCUAUAAUACCCCUCUGAUAUCUGGCUGUCAAAAUACCGGAUUAUUCCGGGCAUUUUCCCAGCAUGUACUACACAGACUGAACAUCACACAAGAGGGUCCCAAGGAUGGAAAAAUUCGAGUCACCAUUCUCGCACGGAGCACAGAAUACCGGAAAAUACUCAACCAAAAUGAGCUUGUAAAUGCACUGAAAACGGUAUCUACAUUUGAGGUCCAGAUUGUCGAUUAUAAGUAUAAGGAACUUGGGUUUUUAGAUCAGCUAAGGAUCACGCAUAACACGGACAUAUUUAUUGGAAUGCAUGGAGCUGGUCUUACCCAUUUACUUUUCCUUCCAGACUGGGCUGCUGUGUUUGAACUAUACAACUGUGGAGAUGAACGCUGUUACUUGGACCUGGCCAGGUUGAGAGGCGUCUACUACAUCACUUGGCGAAGGCAGAGCAAAGUCUUUCCUCAAGAUAAGGGCCACCACCCAACUCUGGGGGAACAUCCGAAGUUUACCAACUACUCUUUUGAUGUAGAAGAAUUUAUGUACCUUGUCCUUCAGGCUGCAGACCAUGUAUUGCAACACCCGAAGUGGCCAUUCAAGAAAAAACAUGAUGAGCUAUAAAUGUGUUGAGUCUUUUUGCCAAAAGGGAGUGUUUAAACGGUCUUCCACCCAGACUCACCUCACAGUUAAAUAGGUAAAACAGCCUGUUAUCUCCUAGCCCCAAAGUACCUUUUUUUAAUACCAAAACAUGCCUUCAGGGUAUUACUUACGUGUUUUAUAGUCUUUAACUGUUUCAUGUGAUUGUUGUGUCAUUGCUAUUUAUCAAGAUACUCUUUUUGCACUGAAAACUUUACUUUUUAUAGUUCAGAAAUUGGGCCUGGGCUCACUGGCGUAAUUGAGCCUUUUUCUUAGGGAUACCAAAGUUUGCAACUUUCUUAGCUUUAGAAUUUGUAAAUGUUUUUAUAGAAUACCAUGCGCUCGUCAUUCAAGAGGCUUCCAACUUGUUAAUGAUAUAUUUGAGCAAAUUCACAACUCAUUUAUUUGCCAUGAUUU